AUGAAUGCCAUUGUGACUAGGAGAGGGAAGGCUCUAGGUGAUGGUGUUAGAGCUAGUAAUGUCCCCGAGUCAAAAAGGAAAGAACAAAAAGGGGUUGUUGAGUCAAAUGACGAUGAUGUGGUAGAAGAGGAGCAUCACGUUGAUGAUUUCCUUGAAGUUCUUAGGAAGUUACAUGUUUCCUUUCCCUUUACGGACGCCUUGAAACAAAUGCCUACCUACUCUAGAUUUCUUAAGGAAAUUUUGAGUGGGAAGAUAAAUUGCGACGUAAAGGAAACGGUCAAUUUAACCGAGAAUCGUAGUGCCAUUAUUCUCAAUCAAAUGCCCCCAAAACUCAAGGAUACGAGUAGUUUCUCUAUCCCUUGUGCAAUCAAAUCCCUUGAAAUUGGGAACGCAUUAUGCGAUUUGGGGGCUAGUGUUAGUUUGAUGUCGUACUCGGUAUUUACUAAACUUGAAAUUGGAGAAUUGGUCCCUACCAAUAUUACAUUGCAACUUGCCGACCGAUCGGUCAAAUAUCCUAUUGGAAAGGUUGAGGAUGUACCAUUGAGGGUAGGUAAGUUCAUUAUCCCCGUCGACUUCGUUGUGCUUGAUAUGGAUGAGGACUCUCAUGUACCUAUUAUUCUUGGUAGGCCGUUCUUGGCCACGGCGGGGGCCAUCAUUGAUGUGAAACAAGGGGUAAUCACCUAG